GACAUUGACGUCAGUGAGGCGACGAAGGAUGAGGAUGAACAUGCAGAUCCACCAGUCGAAGUUGCCGUAGACCAUGGCCAUGAUGGACAUGGUGUUGACGCGGAGAAGAAGUUGCAGGAUGCAAUGGCAUCCGGGGAUCUUGCGGAUCUGAAGGCAGCCAUUGCUGCGGCCAAGGAAGUGGGUGUCUCGAUCGAGCUUCGGGAGAGAGCGCUCGAAGCCCAGGCGAAAUAUUUAGAAGCCAAGGCUGACAUUCCCGGAUUCAUUCCGAGCCCAAGCUAUGGCAGUCUGAUUGAUACGUCUCGCCCAACGCCAAUCGGCGUCCAAAUAUGCCAAGCCUGCGAGAAGAUCUACGGCUUCUUACAGGAGCCUGAAAAGUCCAAUGGAGAUGACGUGUUGGAAGACUUGUGCCGCACGGCCAAGCUGGAAGGAGCAUCACCGGGUCUGAAGAGCAGCAUCUUUGGCCUCAUGCGACCCGAGGAUAUCAAGAACUUCUUGCAAGCGCCUGAUCACCAGUUCUGGCAGCAGAUCAAACACAACACAGAGCAGUUCAUCGAGCUGCUGAAGGCUCCAGGAGCUGCCGUGCCCUAUUCAGUCGACGAGAUGACACCAGAGGCAAAGAACGCAAAGGUGCGAAGGAUUCGGCCAGUUGUGAUGGAUCAGUCCGUCAGGGAACCAGCCACCAGUACGCCAUUCGGCCACACAGGGUAUCAAAAAUUCCUGACCCUGCAAAUUGUCAAGGGCAUGGGCUUCAAGGACAUAGCCAUCAGUGGCCAGUACUAUGGUGCUUCCUACACACCGGAAACACAAGUGCUCGAAUGGAUGAAGGUCAAAGGAGAACCGAUGGAUGGCAUGAUCGUUAUGUUCGCACCAGGCAAGGGUGAUCGAGAGGCUGGAAUCAAGGCUAUCAAGGACUUCGGCAUCCCCAAUGCCUUCCUCGACCUGACCAUGAAAGCAAGUGUGCGUUUCAAGCAGUCUGACUUCGUAUCCUCAGUGCUGGAGACUGUUGAAAUCUUGGAUGAGAUCUUCACUCGUAUGGGCUUCGAGCCAAACCCUUGGCGCAGUGAGGAGAAGAUCAACUCCGAGCCAGGUAAAGGCGAGAUCAGUGUGAACCUGGUUGACCUGAUGGAGUUUCUCGACCUGAAGCCUGACGGUACCAUGGAUGACAAGAAAAAGUCAGAGGCAGAGGACGCUUUCCGUACCUGGAAGAAGUCAGAUGCCUUCAGGCGUCGAGUUGUGGGGAUUCUCACAGAAGAAGGGCGAGGAGUGGCCAACUACAAGGACUAUGGUGUCUU